GGCGUACUUUGUGUUGUUUUAGAUUUUAGAGUUGUUUACUGCUCUUCACAUACCGGCUUUCUCACUGAAUUUCCUCUUCUGCAUGGUGAUUUCGUGAUUACGGCUUCGCAAUGACUGCUGGGAAGCAGCAGACGGACAAAAAUGCCACCCCGGCGAAAGGAAAAGGCCCAGCGCCCACUGUGGAGCAAAUCAACGCCGACAGAAUCACACAGCUGGCAAAUCAGUACUGGGCACCGUAUGCGGCGGAAAAAAGACUUCCUUUUGACCCCAAGGUUGUGGACGAAAUUUACUCCAAAGAAAUCAAAGAAUCCAACUUCGCUGUGAGGCGAAUCAUGAUGUUGGAGUUCAGUCAGUACGUGGAGAAUUUUCUUUGGCCCAACUUCACUCCGCAGACCAAAAGUUUAGCCCACAUCAUGUCAAUAGUGGUCAUGAUCAAUGAGAAGUUUCGAGAACGAGUACCGGCUUGGGAGAGUUUCAAGUCAAAACCUGAGCACUUUCCUGCAUUCUUCCGAGCGCUCCUCGAAGCCUGUUUGUCCGACAACGCUUCUCUGAAAGAGCAAACCUCUCUGCUUGUGUUUCUGAACCACUGCUUCAACAGCAUGGAGGAGGACCUCAUCCGAGACCAGGCCAAGAGACUAGUUUCACUCUCCAUGUGGGUCUCACUUCAACCAGAUCGCCGAGAGCGAGAGUUGAAACAAAACUCAAAGUGGCGCAAAUACUGGAAAUCGCUGCAGAAAAAAGAGACUCCGGAGCAACGACAAGCGCAGCAGUGGGAUCGAACCUUCCUGCAUAACCUCAUGAUAAAGUUCUUCAGAUUGUUGGACACCAUCACUGACAACGGUGACGUGUCCCAGGACAAAGUUCACUACUGUGAGCGUUUUCUCGAGCUCAUGAUCGACCUCGAGGCCCUGCUGCCGACAAGGCGCUUUUUCAACACAGUCUUGGACGACUGUCAUCUCGUCACGAGGUGCAAACUGUCCAACCUUUGCAGGCGAGAGGACGGCCAGCUCUUUUCGCAGUUGCUGGAGAUGCUGGAAUUCUACGCCAACUUUGAGAUAAACGAUGAAACCGGAGACCCGUUAACAGACCACGAUAUGACCCAAAUUCACUACUCCAGAAUUACCUCAUUGCAGAAAGCCGCUUUUGCCAAAUUCCCAGAUCUACGGGACUUUGCUCUGUCCAAUGUUGCAAAUGUGGACACAAGAGAGGCGCUCCUGAAGCACUUCAAACCUCUUGAGGAAAACAUGUUGCAGCAAAUUGCAAACCACUUGAACCUGACCCCAAUAAAGUUGACCGGUGAUAAUGACUGGAUGCGAUUAGAUCAAAAGUUUCUUCUUGAGCUUCUUGUCUCGCGCAAUGAGCGACGUUCUUCUCAACUUCAAGCGCUAAAUGAAAUGCCGCUUUACCCAACCGAAGAUGUGAUCUGGAAUGAAAACAUCGUUCCGACGGAAUACUUCUCCGGAGAGGGCUGCUUAGCCUUGCCAAAGCUAAACUUGCAAUUUCUUACGCUGCAUGACUAUUUGCUGAGGAAUUUUAAUCUAUUCCGUCUUGAGUCAACAUAUGAGAUCAGACAAGACAUUGAGGAUGCCGUGUCAAGACUUAGUCCAUGGCAAUCGGAAGAUGGCGGAGUGUAUUUUGGUGGCUGGGCUCGAAUGGCACAACCAAUCAUUGGCUUUACUGUAGUUGAAGUUGCCAGACCAAAUAUAGGCGAGAAACGACCAGCCCGUGUCCGAGCUGAUGUGACGGUUCAUUUGAACGUCAGGCGCGAGAUCAAAAGCGAAUGGGAAAAUCUGAGGAAGCACGAUGCUUGCUUCUUGGUCUGUGUGCAGCCAACAAAUACAAUUGGUACAAAAAUAACACACACUCAACCAUUUAUUCCGCAAGUUGGAUUGAAAUAUGUGAGAGGCUGCGAGAUAGAAGGCAUGCUCGAUGAAAACGGACGAAUCAUCGAGGAUGGGCCAGAACCGAAACCUGAACUACAGGGUGACAAAAGAACCUUCAGAGUGUGGCUCGACUGCAAUCAGUACCGCAUCGAUACUGAUGUUGCAAACGAUAAUGAGGAGGACGUAUAUCAGUGUUUCAAUAUUUUAAUGAGAAGAAAACCAAAAGAGAACAACUUCAAAGCAGUACUGGAGACAAUCCGCGAGUUGAUGAACACAGAAUGUGUAGUGCCAGACUGGCUGCAUGACAUUAUUCUCGGCUAUGGCGACCCUGGUGCUGCUCACUACUCCAGAAUGCCCAACGAGAUACCAACUUUGGACUUCAACGAUACAUUCCUCGACAUGGAUCACUUGAAAUCCAGCUUUCCCGACUAUACAAUCAAAGUCAAGACGGACGAACCUCAAAAAUUAGUUCCUCCUUUUAAAUUAACAUUUGAGGAUGUGAAUAUUAAGAGACAGGCAUUAGAGAAAGACGAAGAGCCACCACGCAAAAGGAGCAAUGUCGUCACCGUCGAGCCACACAAAAUUCCGAACAGAGGACCUUACCCCUCCAGCAAAGUUAAAAAAAAUGCGAUUCCAUUCACUGCCACACAAGUAGAAGCAAUUCGCUCGGGAAUGCAACCAGGUUUGACUAUGGUGGUCGGACCUCCUGGCACGGGCAAAACGGACGUUGCAGUGCAGAUCAUCUCCAAUAUUUACCACAACUUCCCAUCACAACGCACUCUCAUCGUCACCCACUCUAACCAGGCGUUGAAUCAGCUGUUUGAAAAAAUCAUGGCCCUCGACGUUGACGAAAGACAUCUUCUUCGUCUUGGUCACGGUGAAGAGGCUCUUGAAACGGAAAAAGAUUUCAGCAGAUAUGGUCGUGUAAAUUACGUGCUGGCAAAGAGAUUGGAGCUAUUGAAGGAUGUGCAGAUGCUGCAAGAGAGCUUGAAUGUUCCUGGUGACGUAGCGUACACUUGUGAGACUGCUGGGUAUUUCUUUUUGUACCACGUCCUGGCUCGUUGGGAGGAGUUUCUCAGCAAAGUCAAGCACACUGAUGGAAAAGUUGUUGCUGUUGGCGCAAUCAAGGACGAGUUUCCUUUCACCAGGUUUUUCCACGAUGUUCCAAAUUUAUUCAAGGGAGAGUCGUACGAAGAGGACAUGGACAUAGCUGAGGGCUGCUUCAGAUACAUUGAGAAGAUCUUUACCCAACUCGACGAGUUCCGGGCAUUUGAGUUGCUGAGAAGUGGAUUGGACCGUUCAAAAUAUUUGCUCGUCAAGGAGGCAAAAAUUAUUGCCAUGACUUGUACUCAUGCUGCCCUCAAACGAAAAGAGCUUGUGGAUUUAGGCUUCAAGUAUGAUAACAUUUUGAUGGAGGAGUCUGCUCAAAUCUUGGAGAUCGAGACUUUCAUUCCGCUGCUUCUGCAGAAUCCAGCUGAUGGCUUUAGCCGAUUGAAACGUUGGAUCAUGAUUGGUGAUCACCAUCAGCUGCCCCCUGUCAUCAAGAACAUGGCGUUCCAGAAGUAUUCAAACAUGGAGCAGUCUCUGUUUACCAGAAUAGUCCGACUUGGGGUGCCCACAGUUGACUUGGAUGGCCAGGGUCGCUCAAGACCGAGCAUUUGUAAUUUGUACAACUGGAGGUACAAAAAACUUGGAAACCUUCCUCAUGUCCUGAACUCUAAAGAGUACAAAUUGGCAAACCCUGGCUUUUAUUACGACUUCCAACUCAUCAACGUUGACGACUUCAAUGGUGUUGGAGAAUCAGAACCAAGCCCAUAUUUCUACCAGAAUUUGGCUGAGGCUGAAUACGUCGUGGCCACAUACAUGUACAUGCGCCUGAUUGGAUACCCUGCUGAAAAAAUCUCCAUCCUAACCACCUACAAUGGACAAAAGCACUUGAUUCGAGAUGUUAUCAAUCAACGAUGUGCUGAUAAUCCAUUGAUUGGACGUCCUUACAAGGUGACAACAGUGGACAAGUAUCAGGGACAACAGAACGACUUCAUUUUACUUUCGUUGGUUCGGACAAAGGCUGUGGGCCACUUGAGGGACGUCCGCCGUCUGGUCGUCGCCAUGUCCAGAGCUCGGCUUGGCCUCUACGUCUUUGCUCGCGUUUCUCUGUUCAGGAAUUGCUUCGAACUUGCACCGGCGUUCAAACAACUGAUGGCCAGGCCGCAGCAGUUGUAUCUCGCUCCUCAAGAGACCUACAAAACAGAGCGUCCGGCUGACCAGCAACCAGAAGGAUCGGCGCAGCUUGCAGAGGACAUGCCUCAAAUGGCUGCAUUCGUCUAUGACUUCUACAUCCACAAAGUGCAGCAACUUAAGUCAGCCAUGGAGGAGGCCCAGAAAGAGUGGCAGAAACCAGGAACUGUGGUGGGUCACACGCCUGACCACUUUGUGCCGGCACACCCUGGAGGGGAGUCUGAUAGUGAGGAGGAGGUUGCAGAGGAGGAAAGCGAGGCUGAAAGUCGGAAAAGAAAGCUUGAAGCUGACCUGUUGCCUGCCAAGAAAGUGGCAAAAAAAGAUGAUGAUGAUGUUGAUACGGAUGACGAGAUGGCAGCAACCGAAGACAAACCUGUCAAAGAAGAUUCAGACUAGGAAUUUAUGGAAGUAACCACUUUUAUUUAAAAUUAAAACAACUUUUAUAAUUAUAAACCUGUUUGCUUUCUUAA